AUGAACGCAGUGAGGACAGGUUGUGAUUUUGUCCGAAUUGUUGGUGGUGGUGGUGGUGGUGGUGGUGGUGGUGGCGGCGACGGCGGCGGCGGCGGCGGUGGUGGUUCUGCAUGCGGUAGUGGCGGUGGCGAUGGUAGUGGUGAUGGUUUGCAGGUGGAUGUGGGUAUUCCCACCGGCAGUGGGACUAGGCUUCUUAGAAGUCGUCGUCACAGUCAGCGUAUGGGUUGUGGCAGUGAUGACACAUGUUGCGGUGGGCAGCGACUUCGGGGCUUGAAAUGA